GAAAAGUGAAGCCGAUGCGACAGUGCUUUAAAGUGCAAUACCUCGGAGGGCCAUAAUAUCGUGCUGUUCGAUUGGCAGCCAGUGGAUCAGACAGGUUUAGACCCUGGAUAUAAAAAGGUUUAGACCCACUGAGCCGCAAUAUGUUCGACGAUUUCUAAAGUAAACAAACUUGCACCGGAAGUGUUUCGAGCUCGUGCCACGUCAGAGAAAAAAAACAGUGGUGGAGCUGGGUGAGUUUCCCCGGUCCUUAGAGCUCUCUGUCCCCGGCUCUGUGCUUUCUAGCCCCGGCGCUGUGUACUCAGUGUCCCCGGCUCUGUGUACUCUCUGCCCCAGGCUCUGUGCAUCCUGUUCCCGGCUCUGUGUGUUCUGUCCGCGGCUCUAAGUGUUCCCCGCCCCCUGCUCUGUGUGUUCUGUCCGCCGCUCUGAGAGCUCUCUUUCACCGGUUCUGUGUGUCGUGUCCCCGGCUCUUAGCGGUCUGGCCCCGGUGCUCUGUGCUCUCUGUCCCCGGUUCUGUUCUCUUCUCUCCCCGCUGCUGUGCGCUCUCUGCCCGGUGCUGUCACAAUGCUGACCCUGGGUCUGGGCUGUGUUCUGCUACAUGUGUUCGUGGUGUUCGGCACCGAGUUGACGUUUGAGCUGCCGGACAACGACAAGCAGUGUUUCUACGAAGAGCUGGAGAAAGACGUGAAGUUUGACAUAGACUUCCAGGUCAUUGCAGGGGGCAACUAUGAUGUGGACUGCUUCGUCACCGACCCUCAGAACAACGUGUUGUACAAUGAAAAGAAGAAGCAGUACGACAGCUUCUCUCACACCACGGCCAUGAAGGGAGUCUACAAGGUCUGCUUCAGCAAUGAGUUCUCCUCUUUUACCUACAAGACGGUGUACCUGGAUUUCCGCCACGGAGAAGAGGAGCCUCUCAUGCCGAACAUGAACAGAAACUCAGCUCUGACCCAGGUAUCUUUGAGAAUAUAGAUCACCCGGUUGAACAUGGCGGGUUUCCUGAAGGCUCUGAUCACCUCGUCCAGAGGCGCCGCCGCCGCCGGACUGUCCCUGAACCCCGCGGCGGUGUCACCGGCCGCCGCCCGCCUCCACAGACCGCAGCGCAGGAACUAUGCUACAAAGCGCAUCAAGGUGGCGCAGCCGGUGGUGGAGAUGGACGGAGACGAGAUGACUCGCAUCAUAUGGGAGUUCAUCAAAGAGAAGCUCAUCCUGCCAAACGUGGCUGUGGAGCUGAAGUACUUUGACCUGGGUCUGCCCUACCGAGACCAGACCGAUGACCAGGUCACCAUAGACUCUGCACUGGCAACUCAGAAAUACAACGUGGCCGUCAAGUGUGCCACCAUCACUCCCGAUGAGGCCAGGGUUGAGGAAUUUAAGCUCAAGAAGAUGUGGAAGAGUCCAAAUGGAACCAUCAGGAACAUCUUGGGUGGCACAGUUUUCCGUGAACCAAUCCUCUGUCGAAAUAUUCCCCGUCUUGUUCCUGGUUGGACGCUGCCCAUAACGAUCGGCAGACAUGCUUUUGGCGAUCAGUACAGAGCCACAGACUUCGUUGUUGAGGAGCCAGGAAAGUUCAAGAUGGUGUUUGCUCCAGCUGAUGGAAGCAAGCCGAGGGAGUGGGAGGUGUACGACUUCCCCGCCGGGGGCUGUGGGAUGGGAAUGUACAACACUGAUGAGUCCAUCACUGGAUUCGCUCACAGCUGCUUCCAGUAUGCCAUCCAGAAGAGGUGGCCUCUGUACUUGAGCACCAAAAACACCAUCCUGAAGGCCUACGACGGCCGCUUCAAGGACAUCUUCCAGGACAUCUUUGAGAGGAAUUAUAAGCCCGAGUUUGACAAGCUGAAGAUCUGGUACGAGCACCGCCUCAUCGAUGACAUGGUGGCUCAGGUCCUGAAGUCGUCCGGAGGCUUUGUUUGGGCCUGUAAGAACUACGACGGAGACGUGCAGUCCGACAUUCUGGCUCAGGGCUUUGGGUCUCUGGGUCUCAUGGCAUCAGUGCUCGUUUGUCCUGACGGUAAGACCAUCGAGGCCGAGGCUGCACACGGCACCGUCACCAGGCACUACCGUGAACACCAGAGGGGAAGACCAACCAGCACCAACCCCAUUGCCAGUGUCUUCGCCUGGACCAGGGGACUGGAGCACAGAGGCAAACUGGAUGGAAACCCUGAUUUGAUAAGAUUCUCCCAGACGUUAGAAAAAGUCUGUGUGGAAACUGUGGAAAGUGGUUUGAUGACCAAGGACCUUGCAGGCUGCAUCCAUGGCUUGGCCAACUGCAAGCUGAAUGAACAUUACAUCAACACAUCAGACUUCCUGGAUGCGAUAAGGACCAACCUGGACAAAGCUCUGGGCAAAUGAUGAACAUUCACUUCCUAAAACAAAUCCCGUCUGUGGAUUUUAAGCCUCUUUUCACCACUUAGUCGUUUGUAUAAACCUUUGUAUCCAAUUUCAAAGGAAACAAGUAUUGUGCCUUUUUGUAUUUGUAUAGCUUGCUUAGUUUUCCUCUGCCUUUUCUCUGCCAACACUUUUUAUUGCACAAAUUGAAUGAUUUUAUUGUAUGAAUCUUUAUUAGUUCUAAUGUUAACUUAUAAUGAACAUAUCAGCCUUUCAAUUUAAUGGAAUGCAUCAGAGUCUCUGAAUUAUCUGUAUAAUUCCAUGUUUUGCACUUUUCUUAUGAAUACAAACAGUAAUUAUUGAUAAUCAAUCACUAACAAGCA